UCGCGCAAGGUUCACGCGAUUACGCCGCAUGGAAAGGCAGUUUGAGCAUCCCGUCUAUAUUGCAAACUAUCACAGGAGACAUGGUGACAGGAGACGCUGAAAUGACUCUAUUUGAUGGGAAAAUUGAAAUAAUUGUGCGAUAUAUUCGUUGACUUGAGAGCGCUAAAAGAUUUGACCGAACUAAUUGAUUUUCUAAAUCUUCAGUCUCUGUAUUUUGCGAUUUAUGACUACUGUCAUUCGGGCCUGAAACAGAAUGGUGAAUUCAUCGUCGAACGUGACGGUGUCGAGUAUUCUGAAGAAUAAAAGUUCGGAGGAGGAUGAACCUCGCAAGAAGAGCCGAGAAGAAUGGCGAAAAGCCAAAGAACUCGAAGAAGCCAGAAAAGCAGGCACGGCUCCGGCUGCCGUGGACGAGGAAGGCAAGGAUAUAAAUCCUCACAUUCCUCAAUACAUCAGCUCGGCGCCAUGGUACUUCGGUGCUAAGACACCUACCCUGAAGCAUCAGAGACCUCAGCCCGAAAAACAGAAGCAAUUCAAUUCCAUCGACGAGUGGUACAAUCGCGGUGUGGACACAUCUCAUGUAGCAAACAAGUACCGCAAAGGCGCCUGCGAGAACUGCGGCGCGAUGACUCACAAGAGGAAGGAAUGCAUGGAGAGACCGCGCAAGGUCGGAGCGAAAUACACGAAUUCCAAAAUAGCUCCGGACGAAUUCACACAACCGGAACUUUCGCUGGAUUAUGACGGCAAAAGAGACAGAUGGGCGGGUUACGAUCCGGCUGAGCACAAAGCCAUAGUGGAGGAACAUCAGAAAAUAGAGGAAGCCAAGAGACAGAUGCGCGCUGAGAAACUCGCGACAGAGGAGGAGGAGGAGGAGGAGGAGGAGAGUGACGAACAAGACGACAACUCGGACAAGGAUGAGGACAAGUACGUAGACGAAGUUGACAUGCCUGGCACAAAGGUCGACUCCAAGCAACGUAUAACCGUGAGAAAUUUGCGUAUUCGAGAAGACACCGCAAAAUACUUGCGCAAUUUAGAUCCCAACUCGGCCUACUACGAUCCAAAAACUAGGAGCAUGCGAGACAAUCCAUAUGUAGGUGCGGAUACCGAAGUGGAUUACAAAGGAGAGAACUUCAUACGUUUCUCCGGUGACACACAGAAACAUGCGAACGCACAGUUGUUCGCUUGGGACGCGCACGAGAAAGGAGUGGACGUUCAUCUGCUUGCCGAGCCUACGAAAUUGGAAUUGUUGAAGCAGGAAUACGACAAGAAACGUGACGAAUUGAAGGACAAGGCGCGCGACAGCAUAAUCGAACGUUACGGAGGUGAGAAGCAUCUCGAGGCGCCGCCGAAGACUCUCUUGUUGGCGCAAACCGAAGAUUAUGUGGAAUAUUCAAGAUAUGGCAAAAUAAUAAAAGGCCAAGAUAGACAGAUAGUACGAUCCAAGUACGAGGAAGAUGUCUAUCCGAACAAUCACACGUCGGUCUGGGGAUCUUAUUGGCAGGACGGACAGUGGGGCUAUCAAUGCUGCCGAUCCUUCAUCAAAAAUUCAUACUGUACCGGGGAACGGAACUCCGAGAAGAAAACGGCAGACGCGGCGAUUGAACAAGACAACGCGCCGCCCGCACAAAUAUUCGAAACGGAAGAAACGAACAACGAUCGUUCCUCAAACAGCGAGUUCUCGUCGGACGACGAAGGCGCAAAGAAUAAAAAGGAAAAACAAAGCAAAGCGGCGAAACGAAAAUUAAAGAAACAAAAACAAAAAGAGUAUCGAAAGAACAAGAAGCUGAAAAAUUCAGACGACAAACUGAAAGAAGCACUGAGGAAGGAAGUGGAACACACAAAGAAGACGGAUGAAUUUUUGCGAAUGGACGAGAGAAAACGUCCGUACAACAGCAUGUAUGAGGCAAAACCACCGUCCGCCGAAGAAAUAGAAGCGUAUCAAAUGAAGCGCAAGCAUUACGAAGAUCCCAUGGCUCACUUUCUCUAAACGCAACAUUUAUUAUUGCGCUUGUUUUUAUUUUUAAUUAGACCACGUGCGUUAACAUACGUUGUGUAUAUAUGUAUAUGUAAAUAUUUGCAAUGGCAUAAGUGUACGAAAGCACGGGACAACCGAAAAGAUUGAAGAGUGUGAAAAAACGUGAUCGUAACGACGAUCCAAUGACUCGCGCCUUUCCGAAAUAUAUAUAGAAUAUUUAUUUAUUUUAA